AUGUCUUCCCCAAUAUUACCAUUCACUGAAGCCAACUCUAAGAGAGUCACUUCAUUAUUUAGACAAGCUUUAAGAACCGCCUAUGAUCAUUCAAUGAGAUGGGAUGUUUAUAGAGAUGCCACCAUAAAUAUCAGACGACAAUUUGAAGCCAAUAAACAUAUUUCUAAUCAACAAGAAUUAGAAGCUGCAAUUAACAAAACUAAAGCUAAAUUGGCCGAAUGGAAACACCCUGAUCCAUAUAUUCCACCAUGUAGACCAGGCGGUACUAAAUACCAAAGAAAUAUCCCAGUGGCAAGAGAACCACUUGUACCAGGUGAUUGGUAA